AUGUCUAUGGCUCUGAGUUCUCUGGCGUCACAGGCGCAGCCCACGUCGCAUAGUCCGGACGUGCCGGAUACUUUUCUUGGAUCCAUUCUGCAUGGUAAUCCCAUCUUUUCAGCAGGUUUCGGACUAAUGGUGAUGGGCGGCGCACUGGCCUACGGUCGAUCUGCGCUUCGUUGGGGUGCUAGUGCUGCACAACGUCGCAUGCUCGUCUCACUUGAAAUUCCAUCCAAAGACCGUGCGCAUCCUUGGUUUUUGCACUGGAUGGGGGCACAAGCUGCCGCCCAAGCGUUGAGACGCAAAGCAAAUCACGGUCAUCUGCCCAGAGAAUCUAUCCUUGAAUUCCUAGGCCUAACACGUCCUAGGGUCUAUUCGGAUGAAAAUACCAACAAUCCCUUGCGUGCAGCUACAGGCGAAGUUGUGUCACCCGUACGAAUUGUUUCGCGUGAGCUUGCUGUGGAUACACAAUAUGAUGAGACCACUACACCAGGCGUGCCUGGCGGCAGCGAUCGUGGGCAGGCUACUUUUUCGCUCGUGCCUGGACCAGGAACACAUUGGUUCCGAUACAAAGGCGUAUGGAUGCGUCUUCAACGUGAGCGAAACGGCAAACUAGUGGAUCUAUCGACGGGAGCGCCCUGGGAGACGGUGACGCUGACCACCUUAUCAUCGUAUGAGCACUUAUUCUCUCAAUUGCUAUUAGAAGCCAGGCAAUUAGCGCUAUCUUCAACAUAUGGAAAAACGAUCAUUUACACAAGCUGGGGGGUUGAAUGGCGCCCUUUCGGCCAUCCUCGUCGUGUACGUGAACUCGGCAGCGUCGUGCUACCAGAGGGAAAGAAGGAAGAGAUUGUAAACGAUGUUCACCGAUUUCUCUCUCGCGGUACUUGGUAUGCCAAAAGAGGUAUACCAUACCGCCGCGGAUAUCUCUUGCAUGGUGCGCCGGGCUCAGGGAAGACGUCCUUUAUUACAGCACUUGCUGGUAGCCUAGACUUUAAUAUUUGCCUUUUAAAUCUGGCCGAGCGGGGCAUGACAGAUGACAAACUCAAUUAUCUCAUGUCGAAUGCUCCAGAGCGCAGUAUACUGCUUCUUGAAGACAUUGACGCAGCGUUCUUGGGACGUGGGCCGCAUUCGCCAGAGCGCCACGCCGAUGGAUACCAACCUAACGUCACAUUUUCAGGUUUGCUGAACGCAUUGGAUGGUGUAGCGUCAGGAGAGUCACGCAUCAUUUUUAUGACAACGAAUCAUUUAGAGCGACUCGACCCGGCGCUUAUUCGACCGGGGCGUGUUGAUAUGAUUUGCGAAUUGGGCGAUGCCGAUGCCAAACAGGUUCGUGAACUUUUGACCCAUUUUUACCAGAGUGACCUGGUGGAUAUGCGCGUUGAUGCGAUACGCCGUGCAAACGGUAUCAAUCCGGAAGAGAUGACACGCGCGAUGCAGCCGCCUGACAUGAGCGCACCUUACUACCAGAAAGCAAUUCGCGAAGCUGCACAAGAGCUUUCGGUCGUGGCUGAUACUCUUGUCACAUAUGUGGAUGAGGUCACAAAACGUCGGCGCCAUGCGUUAGGCUUGGAUGCAUCUGGAUAUGAUCCAGGAUCUAAUCGUACAUUGGAUCGGCGUGCAGCACGCGGUGGGGUGAGCAUGGCAGAAUUGCAAGGUCUUUUUAUUCGGUACCCAGAUGACCCGCAUGUGGCUGUAGACGCUUGGGCCGUCGAACAGGGACUCAAAGAGCUAUGA